UUUAAUUUUGUUACUUAAUUAUUGUAACUAAAAAUAUUUACCCAUUGCGGAUUACACUAGUCUUUUCGAUUUGAAUUAAAUUAAAUAAAUAUAAUUUUUUCUCAUGUUGAAUUGACUUUUCGAUUGAUAUUUUAAAACAUGCGGGGUUGUAAAUCGAAACACGCUGUGUAACCCUCAUUAAUUAUUUACGGCAAUAUUAAAACAAAUGAAUCCUUAUGGCUAUAAAAUAUACUAGGUAAUAAAAAAUACGUGCUUUCAUGCAUAGCGUUGGACUUAUAUAUUUAAACAUGCAAAGCAUGGAUAUGAAAUAUAAAAAAUAUAUUUAUAAAACAGUUGAUACGUUCUCGCCACUUUAUUGGCAAUUAAAUAUAUUUUCUUUACAAUGCCAGUUAAAUGUGAAUAUUUACUUUCAGCUACUUCGGAUGGCUCUAGCAGCGAUUAUCUCCUGUUUAAUAACAAGUUUUUCGUUGUACUAUAAAAUUGUCAAUAUUUAUCACCAUCUACUAGCAUCUAUUAAAUACACAGAUAUAGUGCAGGCUAUUUACGAUUACUUACAAUACGUCUUCGAUUUGUUCUGUGUCUUCAAGUAUGGGUCGGAUAUUUUCCGUGAAUAUAUAAAUCAGUAUGCUUACAUCGACUGCCUCUUGGACAUGGAUUACUAUAGGUAUAUUAGGAGAAACCUCAUGAAAGUCAUGUUUUUUUUAUAUUGCAUGUGGUUUUGUAGUAGUGUAUUUGAUUUCGUAACUUGGGACAUCGGUUUCGGCUUUGUAUCAACUUCGGCUUUCGUUAUGGGAUAUGUAUAUACGUUAAUAAAAAUUUUGUCGAAUUUGGAUCUGACGGCACACGUAAUGCAAAUAGAAGCUCGGCUGCGUGUGAUAGGCGAUACUAUCCAGAAUAGUUAUCAGUCUUUUGAUAAUAUCUGUCCAAAGUUUGAAGACACAAUCGGUAAAAAAAACUGGUUUUACAACGACUGUCGUACGAGUACCAAGACAACGGAUGUCAGAAGAAAUACAUGUUUGUGUUCUAAUGACGUUAAAUGGUUAAGCAGAUGCUAUGUUUUACUAACCGAACAAGUUACAUUCAUUAACAAUAUGUUUGGAAGGAGGAUAUUAUUGAACAGUUUAAGUUUUCUACUUGAUCUAGUGCGAUACAUAAAUUUAUCUGUUCGAAUUUUAAUUGGGACCCAGUAUUCAGGUUCCAGCAAACAACCAGCAACAUCUACUGUGUUUAAGGCCGUAAACUGCGCAAUAGUAAUAUUCAGUCUUGUGAGCCACUGUGAGCGAACAUACAGGCAAAGAGACAGAAUUAUUAAACUCAUUGAUCAUUUGACGUUAUUUAAAAAACUAGAUGACCAGUUAUUAUCGUCGUUUAUGGACAUGCGAAAUUUGAUUGUGUCUCGAUCAAUAACUUUUCACACGGACUUCUAUACGCUGAAUUAUUCAUGGCUGGUGUCCAUAGCAUCAGUUGUGGUCACUUACUCGAUAAUUUUGCUACAGAAUUUCAACUGAACCUAAAAUAUAUUUGUUUCUUGUUGAAAAAAAUUUUGAAUGUAAUUUUUUUUUUUAACUAGUCAAAGAUAGAUUCUAAAAACUAUUGUUUUUUCAGUUUUCAACCAUAGCCAUGGCUGUCAAGCUGAUGGUUAUACUCUUUUAUAUUAAUAUUAAGUAUAAUUAGGUUACUGAAAAUUUUUUAGUCAAAUUUUAAGAUAGUAACUGUAAUUUUAACCUUUAAAUUUAAAAGGAGUUUGGAUUGUUAUUCCAAACAACGAAGUGCUUGAGUUUAUCGUAGAUUUUUUUAAAUAAACUAUGGCUUCAUUCGCACCGGAAAAGUCGAAUAUUUUGCCAAUGUCCACGUUUUUAUUUCUUGGACGAAUUAUAUUACCAGUACUGAGUGGAUUCAAAUAAUUUUAUAUAAUGAAAUAUAUUUGUGAAUGAAAUAGGUAGAGCGUCAAGCCAUGUACAUGCUUAUACGUAUCUGUAUGCUUAGCAUAAAUUUGCAUACUCAUCGUUUACGUUUCCUCAUUAUAUAAUCUUCAAUAAUACUGCGAUAAGUAUAACGCAAUAUAUAUUUAUAUAAUUAAAUAUGAUACAGAUAUACAAAAGUCACAUGCAAAAAUAUUAUUGGUUGUGUCGUUAAGUUUAUUAACGACGUGAAUGUAAUUAAAAUUUAAGGAAUAUUAUUUUAAGAGCUUUUAAUAAUACAUACAUAUUUAAAAUGAAUAUUGUUUAAAUUUUUUGCACGGUUACUUACUUGUUUUAAAGCAAUAAAUUAUCGAAGCGAUAUUUGCUAUGAUAACAAGUUAUAAGAUGAUAUGUAGUAUUGAUUAAUAAAAUAAUCACCAGGAAGAAAAUAGGUAUCUAAGCGUUCCGUGAUGUAUCAUAAAGUACUUAAGUGGCUUAUGCUCAUUGUUAAAUAACCAAAUAUUGGUAAUAUAGGUUAUUUUACAAAUGUAUUCCACAGUCUAUUUAUCUAUUUAUAUUUUUCUUAUAUUUUCAAAAAUAUUCAUAAAAUUUCAUAUCUACAUAAAAUGUGAGCGCACGUUCAUUUAUU